GGUUAGCAAGAUGUCUGCCCUGAAGUACGCUCUGAGCCUGCUGGCUCUCCUUGUGGUCUCCACCUGGGCUGAGGAACGCCCCGUGUCUGAGAUCCUCUGGGAAGCUAACAAGGAUGUCGUCCGCACUGAGGACGAGCCCUACGUUGUGGACGACAUCGCCUACGACAACGAGAUGGAGAGGAACGCUGACCCCUGCACUUCCCGCGGCUGCAUGUGGGGAAAGUCUAGCGACGGCAAGGUCUACGUGCCCUACACCGUCUCCAGCCAGUACUCCUCCCGCGAGCGGUCCAUCAUCGACCGCGGCCUGCAGUCCUUCUCUGGCUUCUCCUGCAUCCGCUUCGUCAAGCGCAGCAACCAGAGGGAUUACCUCAGCAUCCAGUCCCUCAGCGGGUGCUAUUCCUUCGUGGGUCGCACCGGUAACUCCCAGACGGUGUCCCUGAGUCGUCAGGGCUGCCUGUACCACAACACUGUGCAGCACGAGCUGCUGCACGCCCUGGGCUUCAACCAUGAGCAGACCCGCUCUGACCGCGACCAGCACAUCAGGGUGCUGCUGCAGAACGUCCAGUCGGGCAUGCAGCACAACUUCAACAAGAUCGCAACUCUGAACCAGGCCACCCCCUACGACUACAACUCUGUCAUGCAGUACCACAAGUACGCCUUCUCCAAGAACAACCAGCCCACCAUGUUACCCAUCCCCAACCAGAACGCCGUGAUCGGCAAGGCCACCCAGAUGAGCCAGAACGACAUCACCAGGCUGAACAGGCUGUACAAGUGCUGAGCGGGUGACCAGAACUUCCAUUUGAGAAACAACUUCCAAUCACAGUGGAGUCCAGAGUCAUCGGUUUAUAGUCUGAGGGUGUAUUGAACCAAUCACAAGGCUUGCCCUUGUGUUGAACCUUUUCUUAAUAAACCAUAGACAUCGA